AUGGAAGCCAUUAAACCUGUGUUUCAAGAUUUAUGUAACACAAAGCUCCUUUCAAAAUGUGUUGGUGGUUACACGCAAAAUGCCAAUGAAUCAUUUCAUUCCAAAAUUUGGAACCUUUGCCCCAAGACAGGAUUGUUUGGAAAGAGAAUUGUAGGCAUUGGAACAAAUGAUGCAAUUAUUACCUUCAAUGAUGGAAUGAUAGGGACAUUAAAGGUUUUGGAAAGACUUCAGAUACCUGUAGGCAAAAAUAUGAGCAAUGCUGUGAAGAAUGAAGACUGCGCAAGAAUUACAUCUGCUGAAAAAAGAGCAUCCCAGGCAACAAAUGAGGCAAGAAAAUCCAGAAAAAAAUUAAAAUUAAUAGAAGAAGCUAAGAAACAAAAACCAGAAGAAGUUUCCUAUUGCUCCUGGUGCAUUUUAAUGGUCAGAAAAAAUUCAGAGAUUGAUUUUCCAGCUGGAUUUGAACUGAACAAAAUGGCAUCACCACCUAACCAACUCCGAGUCGGUGGUACCACCGAAAAGGUUCAACGCCCAGUGAAUCCCUCCUGUUGCUAUGGCGACGAGCAGCACAGCCUGGGAUGCUCUCUGUGGCAGGAACCCCUGGCAGUGGUGUUGAGAAUGUUUGUGUCACAACAAUCUGACACUGGGGGCACCUACAAAGGAGAAAUUAUGUCAUCAGCUUUUAAAGGGAAACAACUAAGUGAAACUAGAUUUGCACAGAAUGAGUGUGCUGCAAAACUCACUUGUAGGGAUUUUGUUGUUAUCUAA